AAUAAGUAUAGUUUCAGUUAUAAGGGUUUGUUAUGUUUUCUCUUCCCCCGCCUCCCUCCCUCUCUUAGCAUUCGGUACCAAGCUCCAUUUCAUUUCAAAGGUGUGCAAUAAACAUAAACUCUUACGUAGUAGCAGCACCAGUCACAUAAGAGUACAUUAAGAGGAUGGGAGCAUCAGAGGCUCUAACUGAUCCAUCAAGCCUAUACGAUGCUGGCAACGUCGAAUUUUCCGACACGUAUACGAUGCUUACCGUGAGAAACGCACUUGCAUCUGUCCAGAAUGGGGAAUCAGACAUUUACGAUGAGCUCGUUCAGUCUAUGCAGAUCAGCAAAGGAUCUGAUCAUGCUAUGUGGGCUGAUCUUGUGACUAUCUUGAAUGCUUUAUCAGGCUCUGUGGCUUGCAUAGAUAUCACUCACCAUCGCAAGCUUCUUUCUUCGGUUUUUGGAAUGUCACUGUGGGAUCUCAAACCUCAUGUCAUGGAUGCAUUGGUGGGCCUACUCAUAUCACUGGCUGCUACUAGUGGGAAGUAUCUGGACUCUUGUCUGAAUAUGCUCAUAGGCCACUUCGUGCCACCGCGUUGGGUGAUGGAUAGACUUUCGCAACGCCGUGUUAUCGACCAGAAGAUAGACGUUCUUUCUCGAGUUCACGAAGCCCUUCUCAAAAUCUCUCUUUUGGUUCCUCUUGCUCCCUCGAGAUUACUGCCCAUGCUCGCUCAGCAGAUGCCCAAAAUGAACAAAAAAGACAAUGUGAGUCUUUUUUUUUAUCUUUGGUUAAUUUCAUAUGUGCUUGCGAUAAACUGUUUUAUCCUCUUCCAGGUGGUAGUGAUGUAUGUGGAGAACUUAUUCAAGUUGGAGAGCAGCCCGAUCGGGCAAGUUGGUGGCAGCAUGAUUUUUAUGAUGGUGAUGGAGAGGCUGAGAGAUUUGGAUUUGGAGAUUGAUUGGGAUCAUAUUCUGCAAGAUGACUCUAGUAGAGGCAUGUUUGAUAUGGAACUUGAAGAUGUAGUUGAAGAAGACACUAUGAAUGAAGGAGAAGAGCUUCCAGUGGGAUCGCUGAAUCAGAAUACAUGGGGUGGAAAUGUAGUUUUCGAGUCUUUGGACAAAUUGAUGGUCAUAUCUUUUGAUCAUCUUGAAUCAUGUAACCUUGCUGGUCGUUUGGAUCAGGUGUUUGAAAAGCUCUUCGGGUCAUUUGAGAACUUCAUUCUGAAUACAUACAAAUCAAAAGUUUCGCAGUUUCUGAUGUUCUAUGCAUGUUCACUGGAUCCUGAAAACUGUGGUGUGAAAUUUGCGAGUAAGCUGAUGGACAUUUUUCUCUCCACCAACAAGCCUCGACCUACUAGGAUGAGUGCGGUUGCUUAUCUAGCUAGCUACUUGGCUCGUGGAAAGUUUUUGCCUGUUUCCUAUGUGGCUACCAUGUUAAAAAGGUUGGUAGAUGUGUGCGCGGAUUACUGUAGAACUUGCAAUGAUGAUAUUAGGCCUGAAGCACAUCAGAUUUUCUACUCCGGAUGCCAGGCGAUCAUGUAUGUGCUCUGCUUCCGGAUGAGAUCCAUCCUAAACGUUCCUCUCUUUCGGUCCCAGCUUAUACCAUUGGAGUCAAUCUUAAUGCACAAACUAAAUCCAUUGAUGGUAUGCCUUCCAUCUGUAGUUGCAGAGUUCCUUAAGCAAGCUAAAGCAGGUGGCAUGUUCGUAGUCUCAGACUCGUUCAUUUUUGAUGACUUACUUGAGUCUGAGCUUUCUCGUGCUUUCGGCGGGUGUGAGAGGCUUGAUACAUUCUUCCCCUUUGACCCUUGCUUGCUGAAAAGCUCUAACAGCUAUAUCUCCCCGAAUUUCAUCUACUGGUCGAUGGUGAGACCGACAUAUGAGGAAGAUGACGAUGAUGAUGAGGACGAUGCUGAGAUAAUUGUGAACGGGGAUGAGGAGAGUGAUGAAGAGGAGGAGGGUGAUGUUGAUUACGCCAUGAACAAGAUGUCCAUAACACCUAAGCACUCUUUCAAGAACAAGAUGGAAAGAGAAAGACUUCUGAAAAUGCCUUCCAUGAUCAGACCUUCCAUUAGUCCUCCUCAAUCCUUUUGAGUUUCUUUUUGGAUGGUGGUGAGGGUCUCAAUACGCAUUUUUGUAGCAAUAUCUAAACCUGAUUGACUCGGAACUUUCUGGUAUAUGAAAACCAAUGUUUGUUUGUCUUAAA